UCAAGUGGAUCGCGACCAUAAGGGCAUAAAGUUAGGAGUGAAAAAGUUCGCGAGGAACGAAAAACUUCGCUGCGAUAAAUCGAUUUGGGGGCGAUUUGCGGCGCGUGUUCGUUAAUAAUUAAUAAGCAAUAACCGAUCAUCGUGCGUAUUAUGCGUGUUAUGUAAUGGUGUGAUGCCUUGUAUGCACGUGUGUGUAACGUGUAUGUACGUCCGAAGGUGAAAACGCAACGUAAAUACACCACGCUUGCAUGUAUUUUAAAGAGCAGUCACUUCGGCCACUGAUAUCGCAAAUCAUUCAGUCCUAAGCGACGAGCCGCGCUCUAAAGUUGAAGCUCGGAGUUUUUUCGCUCUCGUAGACAUGGCUGGAACGAAAUCCAAAAAGCGAGGCGCUUUUGCGAAGCUGUAUUUAGCGUCGUACAAUCUCGCGCAGACUGUGGGAUGGAGUUACAUAUUGUGCCAAAUUAUGCAAUAUUAUACCAAGCCUUCUGUGGGCGAAACCUUGUGGGGCAAGACGGAGUUUCUCCUAAUGAUCUUUCAAAAUGCGGCUGUGUUAGAGAUAGUGCAUGCUGCGAUGGGACUGGUACCAUCGAACGUUGCUAUCACAACGUUCCAAGUGUUUAGUCGUGUGAUGGUCGUAGUCGGAAUCAUCCUGGCUACUCCUCCCACAUACGCCGCCGCAUCUGUAGGGCUGCCGCUAGCUCUUCUGGCAUGGUCCGUCACAGAAAUCAUUAGAUACUUCUAUUACUUCGUCAAUCUCAUUGGUCUUGUGCCGCACAUGUUGACCUGGUUGAGAUACAGCACAUUUAUAAUACUCUACCCGAUCGGUAUAACCGGCGAAUUGCUGUGUUUCUAUGCCGCUACGAAGUACGCCAGCGCGAAUCCCGACUCGUGGAGCUACGCCCUGCCGAACGCGUGGAAUUUCACAUUCAGCUAUUUGUACCUCCUGGUGGGAAUCAUGUUACUGUACAUUCCACUUUUCCCUCUACUCUACUCGCACAUGCUCGCGCAGAGGCGCAAGAUGCUGAGUCCCAGUUCUGCGACGAAGAAGUCUCGUUAAAAUACGAAUCUGCGUACCUUAACUUACCCUUGCCAGCCAAGCGGAUUGUCCCGUCGCUUUCAUGGACGAUUACGUUAAUCGUGACGUUCAUUUACGCUUCUGUUAUUCCUCUAACGCGAGAAUUAAUAGCGUGGAUUCUAAAGAUAGAAUUCACUUCAUAUUUCUCCGGGAUGACUAAAGCCUUUUCGAAGGGUUAAAGUGCAUCGUUCGGCAAUUCGUGCGAAACGAAUUUUCUCUCGGCCGAAUUUUCUUUCAGUUGGCAAUAUAAUUAUAUAAAUAUCGUGUUAUAUUUUUUUUAUUGUUUUUAUGUUUAUAUACGUAGAAUCGAGUGCCUUAACGUGAUUCGACUUUCCUCGUUGGCUAGACGUGUUUGGCAUUUAAUAUUUGUUUUAUGCAGAUCUCGGUGACGUCGAUUAGCGGAAACCUAAGGCAGGAAACAUUGCGUUUCAAUAAUUUAUGAAGCUCAUUUGAAAAAUCACUUGAAAGAACGUUUGCUGGAAAAAACUGAAUCGCAUUAAGGCGCUCGAUUAUACAUGCAGAAUUGGGAAUUCAUUUUUUUUACCGACCAUAUCGUUAGGUCAAGGCUAAUGUUUGUGUAAAAUUGAUUGUGUAAUGUACAUUAUAUAUUAUAUUAUAAAAUACAUAUUUUUGAUCAAGUUUUCAAUCUAA